CUCAUGGAGAAACACAACCAUACUGUGAUGCACAAGGUGACUGAAUUUGUUCUUACGGGGAUCACAGACAGUCCUGAGCUGAAGGCGCCUCUCUUUGGAAUCUUCCUGGUCAUCUACUUGGUCACAGUGACAGGAAAUCUGGGUAUGGUUAUCCUGACCCAUUGGGACUCCAAGCUACAUACUCCCAUGUACUUUUUCCUAAGACAUUUGUCAAUUACUGAUCUUGGUUACUCCACUGUCAUUGGCCCAAAAAUGAUGGUCAACUUUGUGGUGCACAAAAAUACUAUUUCCUACAAUUGGUGUGCCACCCAACUGGCGUUCUUUGAGACUUUUAUUAUCACCGAACUCUUCAUUCUAUCAGCAAUGGCCUAUGACCGCUAUGUAGCCAUCUGCAAACCUCUGCUCUACGUGGUCAUCAUGGCACAGAAAGUGCGUUGGGGGCUGGUGCUCACUCCCUACCUCUACAGCACCUUCGUGUCUCUAUUUCUCACCAUCAAGUUAUUUCAAUUGUCCUUCUGUGGCUCUAAUGUCAUCAGAUAUUUUUACUGCGACUCUGUCCCUCUGAUAUCUCUGCUCUGUUCUGACACACAUGAGUUAGAAUUGAUCAUCUUGAUCUUUUCAGGCUGCAAUUUGCUCUGUUCCCUCUUGAUUGUUCUUGUAUCCUAUAUGUUCAUUCUUGUGGCUGUUCUCAGAAUGAACUCAAGCAAGGGGAGAUACAAAGCCUUCUCCACCUGUAGUUCCCAUCUGACAGCGGUGGUCGUGCUACUGUUCUAUGGAACAUUACUGUUUAUGUACCUGCAACCCAAGUCCAGCCACACUUUUGCUGUUGAUAAAAUGGCCUCUGUGUUUUACACUCUGGUGAUCCCUAUGCUCAAUCCAUUGAUCUAUGGUCUAAGGAACAAAGAAGUAAAAGAUGCUCUGAGGAGAACUUUAACUAAUCGAUGCAAAAUUCUCAACUAA